AUGAAGUGGCGGCUGGAAAACAGUUUCUACUUUUUCCUGGCCAUCCGUUUGCUCUGCGUUCUCAACUGCGUCAUCAUUUUGUUCUGCGUAGCUCUUUCGCAGUCAUGGACAAGUCGAGCGGCGGCCAUCUUCGGCAUGGUAGGUCUGAAAAGAAUUCCCUUUUUCUAAAAGACUCAGAUUUUCACUCUGCUCUCGUGUUUGCUCAUCGGAAGCUCAAUUGCCACGAUUUUCGCCUGGGACCUCAUCAAAAUGGGUUUCCCCAAGGUUAUAGUUUUCUAGAGACAAUCCAUGUAUCGUUUCCUUCAGAGGACUCUAUUCUCGUUCGUCUUCAUUCUGUCGACCUUGGUCUCUGGAGUCAUGUUCCUUCUCUCAACGGCGAGUUGCGACGCCUACAACCGCUUCGGAUGUCUCGAGCAGUACUCUUCUGGAACAUUCCGAGUGGCUGCAGUGUGUUAUUUUUUCAUCAAUAUCUUAUUCCCAACAGAAUAGACGCAUGAGUUUGAAUAGAAAUCAGCAGAAACCUGACCAAAAAUGAAUACUUCAAGAACUUGUUCCUUCCCAAAAAAAACGAAACUUUUGUUUUGAGGCCUUUUGCUUUAUCAACGUCGUAUUCGGAGUUGCUGAUGUGGCACUCAAUUUUGUGUUCUACUUCAAGGAGGAAAAGAAGCCUCCAGAUCGAACAUACGACGUUCCGCCCAUCUCCGUCAUCGAUAGCGAACAGUUAAACUUUUUCCCUCGUCACUCGCCCCAAAAAAAGGAUGAAUUUACAGAGCUGCACACGACCUCUACAUGUCAUAUCAGCGAAAAGGCCAGACAACUUACGUUUGA